AUGGCCGCCAACGUCUCUAACGAUCUGAUCUGGCUGAUCACCCGUAACCAGAAUGCUUCUCUGGUGCGCCGCAACACCGGUGGUGGUUCCCAGCUGUCCCGGGACUCUCUGAACCUGGUGAACAAGCACUCCUUCAAGUACUCCGGCCUCAACACCAAGGUACCGAUCCUCACUUCCUAUAUCCCCGCUCCCCAUCUUUUUUCCCUAUGGCGGAAGCCGUUGGCGUUCAGGCUACUGAGAACGGUGGCGUCAUCGUCACCGUCAAGAAGCCCGGAAACCCCCCAGCAGCCCGCCAGCAACUGGGUCACCGUCACCUAUGGCCCCAAGACUAGCACCCGCAAGAUCUACAAGGGUGUCGCCAACCUGACCGCCCGCUACGGUUAUCGUGCUGAUCUCCGCGAGGAGGCUGUUGCCCGUGUGAGCGCUGUCCGCCGCUCUCAGCGACCCAAGAAGGAUACUGCAGCUCCUAAGCUCCGUGGCGCCAAGGCCCAGGCUGCCCAGAAGGACGAGUAA